AUGCCGCCGGGGCAGCCUGGGCGCGGCAAAAACGGUGGAUUUCACGAGCAGAAAUUAGGCCGCAUCCACAGUCUGGGCCCGGAGAAACCCCUUGUUGUCCCGGGCGCCGGCUCCGGGCCCAGCGGGUCCAGCGGGUCCACCGGGUCCAGCACCCAUGGCCUAUCCCCCUUGGCGCGCGCCAGGGUUUCCCACAUUCAACCCGUCAGCGGUGCCUCUCUUUGGGCGAUGGCCGCUAGCGCCGAUGCGGGCGCCGCGUUGGAGUGGAAGAGGCUGCCGCCGUAUGGGACAGAUGGAAAAGACUUCAGAGCGAAGUAUCAAGCGCAAUGCUACUGCAAGCGUGUGUCUUUCCAAGUGAGUGCUGAGCCAAUGACCGCGAAGCUCUGCGAUUGCAGCGUCUGUCAGCGGCUGCAUGGCGCGCCGGUGCAAUGGGCGGCGCUGUUUCAAAAGGAUCAGGUGUGCUUCGAUCCUGAAGGCUUCGACUUGCUGCGCUGGUACGACCCCAAGAAUGACGUGAAGUGUCGCAACGGGGAGGAAGCUUGGCGAAGCUGGGAGCGAGUGCUGCCCAGCAAGCUGCGAUGUUCGCACUGUGGCACGUGGCUGGCGGAUGAGGGGAGGAACAACUUCAUGACGUUCCCAACACUCUUCAGCUUUGAUGCCACUGCAGGUCCCGAGAGGUUCCCCGUGUCCUUCCGCCCCAAGUGUCGCAUCUGGUGCUCCAGUCGAUCCUUGGAGCUGCAGGACUGUCCGCUCUCCAGGACCAUUUGCCGAGUUAUUUGGACUCCCAAGACGCUGCAAGACUUCUUGUUGGACAUUGCGCCCCCUCUGGAUGGGCGAAGCUACAAGGGGCAGUCAGGACGCAUCGGGCUGCUGGGAGGUUCCGUGGACUUUGCAGGUGCUCCCUACUACGCCGGCAUGGCCGCUCUACGCGUGGGGGCAGAGCUGUUGUAUCUCUGCACUGCAGAGGAGGCCACAGGUCCCAUCAAGAGCUACUCGCCGGAGCUGAUGGUUAGCGAGGUCUAUCGCUGGGCCAAGAUCUCGACUGAAGAUCCAGGUGUAGUCUUGGAGGAGCAGAACCGCAUGGUGGGUAAAAUGGAGGCCCUCCUGCCUCGUUUCCAUGCACUGGUGAUCGGUUGUGGCCUCGGUCGAGACAUGCGUGUGCUGAAUGCAACGGCCAGGGUCAUUGAAAUGGCCAAGGAGCGGCGGCUACCCUUGGUGCUGGACGCUGACGCCUUGUGGCUGGUGGAAAGGCAGCCAGAGGUGGUCGCAGGCUAUGAGCAGGCCGUGUUGACGCCCAAUGCGGCGGAGUUCCGACGCCUGUGUCAAGCCUUUGGGUCGGAGGACAUGUCCCUGCCGCAGCUCUGUGAGAAAUUGAAAGGGCCCAUGGUCCUUCAGAAGGGGGCCGUGGACCGCAUCUGCCGCCCCGGGCAAGUGGAGCCGCUGAGCUGUUCGGAGCCUGGAGCGCCUCGUCGACCAGGUGGUUUGGGCGAUUUCCUGGCUGGGAGCCUGGCAGUGCUCUUGGGCUGGGCCGUGGCCAGACGAAGGGAUCCCAUCUUCGCCUGUCAAGCGGCCUCGAUGCUGGUGCGAAGAGCCUGUAAGGUGGCUUAUGACCAGAAGAAGCGCUCCAUGGUCGCCCCGGACGUCUUGGACGAAGUGGGCUCCACCUUUGAAGAACUCUGCCCCUCCAGGUGA